AUGCGUGAAUUUGCACAAAGGGCUGUUGAUCUCACCCCUUUCAGUGUGCACGGUGCCAUUGGUGUCCUGCGCGACGCCCGCUACUCCGAUUGUCCAGCUGAGGUCCCUGUGAGCGGCAACAGGAAACGGCCAUUGCUAGAGGAUGCCAGCAAGGUGUAUCUCCCGGGCGCAGCGGCGGCGGCCGCCGUUAUAAUUUGCCGGAAGCGGCAGCGGUCAGGGCAGGGCAGGGCGGCCUGGUACAAGGGGCCGGGCUUGAAGGGGGCCGCCUUCGAGGCCAUGCUCUGCAACCCGUGCGAUCUCCGCGCGGCGCUGGCAACCUUCGGGCAGCACCCAGAGGCUCACCAGGUAAAAGACCAAUACAGGUUUCUACACGACUGCCUCAAGAAAUGGAGGGCAGACAACCAUGCGAUGAACCACAGGCCGCGUCCUGGGUGCAAGCGCAAGGUCAGCGAUGAGGAUGCCCGCCGCAUGGCAGCGAUUUUCGCCGCUGGCUUCAUACCCAUCACCUCUGCGACAGGGGCGCCGAGAGCCUGA